AUGGCGGACCCUCAGCCUGCGCCCUCGACCUCCUCUCGUCCCCUUCCCCCCCACCUCCAUCUACAAGAAACGCGCGAGAAUGGAUCGGCUGAGAGACAGUCUUCCUCUUCCGACGUCCAUACCUGGGCCGACGACCGGAUCUUGUUGACACCCCCCCUCCCAACCUCAGGAAUCAAUCCAUUGGACCAGGCACUCUAUCAAGCCAGCAAUGGACGGAGCUUUCAGGCCAAUGCCAAUCAGCAAGCCGUGUCUCACAAUGCACAACUCAACGUCUCGCCGCCCGAUUCGUUGCGCAUUCACCACGAUGCAGCGCAUCUCUUGAGCGGCCUUCAUAUCCGGACGGAUGUUGGGGGUCCCAAACGUAGCAGCUCGACCCAGUCGAUAGACUCGGAGUCCAGGUUGCGAUCCAGUGCCUCUGCCGCAAGUCUACCACGUCGAGUUCCUAGUAUCCGAGCCCACCUCCACUCUUCAGCCGGUUCGGUCUCUCCCGGUACAGUUAUCUCCUCACCCCAGAUCGCCGCAAUGCUGGACAUUACUCCUUUGCCUUCGCCGACCAUGGCGGCCUUUGAGUCAUGGAAGGCUCUUUCGCUGGCAAGGACCAGGUCCCGUGGCUCCUCCGUCUCUUCCGCUAAAGCUGAAGCAUUGCCCCCUCCCGUUCUGCCAUCACCCACCACUCCUCGCCGAAACAAAGGCUAUCCAGGUUUGAGAUCUUCUCCUCCCUCACGUCCAGGUACCUCCGAUGGGCAGGCCCUUGCUGCCGACCACAGCCGCACUAGAAGUGUCAGUGAUUAUGUACCCGAUCCUGUGGCCGUGCCGAAACCCCGGAACAUUGCCGUGUCCGGCACUGGGGCGCCCCUUGAGAUCACCGAGUCGCCGACGUCGAUGCAUCGGGAAGAAUACCUCGGUCCACAAAGGAGACUGAGCAAGUCCAUUGCCCGACCUCUCACGCCGCCCCGGCCGACCAUCAAGACAGAGCGGAGCCAUGAAGACGAGCCCGCCGCCAAACGGCCAAAACUCGAAAUCUUCAAUGCACGAAGCAUCUCCACCGGAGAGCCGCGAUCUUACGAAGCGAUCCGGAUCCUCGGCCAGGGGACUUUCAGCAAGGUCUACUUGGCCGUGCGGCAAGUCGACAACGAUCGAAAGGACAACGUCGACUACCGGCAAGACAGUAUCAAUAUGGCCGGCGUGCGGGCUCGAUCGAGACGACUGGUGGCCGUCAAAGUCGUCGAGCAUGGGCCCGCGGGCGGGGCCGAUGCGGAGAGAAUCGAAGUCGGCCUAAAACGCGAGGUGGACUUGCUCAAAGCCAUCCAACAUCCAUCGCUCGUUCACCUGAAAGCCUUCGGGAACGAUGACAAUGUCCGUGCGCUGCUGGUCAUGAAUUACUGUCCGGGAGGAGACUUGUUUGAUGUGGCGUCUACGCACCGCGAGGUCCUGAUCCCGUCCCUGGUCCGAAGGAUAUUCUCCGAGCUGGUCUCGGCAGUGCGAUACCUUCAUCAAAAGUACAUUGUCCAUCGGGACAUUAAGCUGGAAAAUGUGCUCCUGAACAUUCCGGUGCGCGUUCACCCGGAUGUGUCCAACUGGCAAACCCUCGAUCGUGCGGUUGUCACCCUGACCGAUCUGGGGCUCUCACGCCGCAUUCCAGAACCGCCGGAGAGUCCCCUUCUCACCACACGGUGCGGCAGCGAAGAUUACGCCGCGCCGGAGAUAUUGAUGGGGCAACCCUACGACGGACGACAAACUGAUGCGUGGGCACUGGGAGUUUUGCUCUACGCGCUGAUGGAGGGUCGAUUGCCCUUUGAUCCUCUCCCCGGGGCACGCGGCGACCCGGCCGUUUUGCGUGCGCGGACCCCACAUAGGAUAGCACGGUGCGAAUGGGCAUGGUUCAAGUAUGGCGAUGAGGACGGAGAUUGGGAUCCAGUCAAAGGUGCCGAAUUCGAAGGUGCACAUGAAUGUGUGGAUGGCUUACUGAAGAGGAAUACAAGGCGGCGACCGUUGGCCGAGAUCCGGGAAUUGCCGUGGGUCAAGGAUGGGAUCCAGGUUGACGGCGGUCUUCGAUGGGUCGAAGAGGAACUGUAA